AUGGACAAACUGCCGGAUGAGUUAAUACUCCAGAUACUCUCAUUCUUGGACGUGGAUCAGCUUGUCAGAUGCCAGUAUCUAUCUCACCGCUUCCUGGAUCUCAGCCGAGACGACAAUAUUUGGAAACUGGAAUGCUUCGAUGCUUCACGGGCAGAGGCCAGGCGUAGGCGUCUACGAAUUGAUCCCGCAAACACUCAGCUUCACACUCUGAGGUCUGCUUUUAACGAACUUUCCGGACAGCCAUCACCAUCUUCUGAUCAAGACGCUGCGUCAAAACUAUCGCCCGCUGCAGAGACACAACGCGCUUUUGCCAAUUGGGAUCCUUCCUAUGGAAACGAGACCAUCGACUUCUAUGGGGAAUACAUCCAUCGACACGGUCCAAUCAACAUUGGCUGGUUGUCUAUGCCGGGAUCUGAGUCUCUGGAAGCCACUGGCCUCGGUCUAGUCCGAGACUCUGACGGCGAUCCUCAACACCUUGCCGCAUCCUUAGACGAUGGCAGUAUUUGCAUAUGGGACGUGCAACCUAGGUAUACCGACUCAGAUCUGUCGCAAGGCCGGAUCGUUGGUAGAAGCUCGCCAGGUCUCCUGGCCGGUGGGCCCCGUGCGGGUCAAUCUCGCCAAGAGACCAAGGCAAUCAUGACAGAAACUGGUGCGGUCGAAUCCGUAAGCAUCGACAACAAUCGCGGAAAGGGCUACUUUGCUCAGAAUAGUACUCUUAUCGAGGUUGAUCUCGACACACUCCAAAUAGUCUCACAGGAGACCUUCCCCUUCCCCAUCGCUGCGCUGUCGCAGGCUCGCAACUCGAGUCUAGUCGUAGGCACCAAUUGGACCGUUCAUAUACACGAUCCUCGCAAUAAGUCAAGGUCGGCGGUCAAUCCUUCUCUACAGUGCGAGAUCAUCGGCGGACCUGCAUCAAAUCAUGCCUCACUCUCACAGCCUGGACCCUUGUCUAUCCUGGAUCGUGUGCAGGAUGAAUCCAUUUGGAUUGCCGGCAGAUUCACGCACCUGCUAAACUAUGAUCGUCGCUUCUUCCCCAAGGUACGUGGCACAGUGCAUUCUGGAGGACGUAUAUCCUGUAUAACGGAAAGACCUCGACCAUAUGUUCCACGUUCUUUGGAUCUGCUUCAGGAUCCUUCUGUAUCAAUUUCGGAUGUGUAUGCUGCAAAAACUGCUCUUGGAUCAACCAUCCUGGCUGCAGGCGAGUACAAAGGCAAAGGCAGUCUUGAGUUUUACGGACUGGCACCUUCACCUUCGGGGUCAGUCAUUACAGAGAGCUACCGAAAUAGACAGACAGCCGCUUCAACUCGAUUGUUGUCGGUAGCCGCACAUGGCAACUCUACAGUAUUCAGUGAUGGUGAUGGCAAUCUGAAAUGGAUCGAGCGCGAUGGCAUGACGACCAUACGAACCUACAACAUCAAUGAGGCUGUUGUUGCGCCAUCUUUCAAUCAAGCACAAAGCACAGCUCAGGGGCCAGAUGACGAGUCGUCCCAGGGGGACAUCGUGCAGAAGAUCAUACCUCUUCAACCGUCAGCACGGUCAUGGUCUAGCAAGAGGCCAGAUGUGAAUCAAACGGAUCUCGUACUCAAGACGGGUGACGGUCGGGUAGGAGUACUAGGUUUCGGCCACAAGACGCUGUACAGCAGAGAAGAAGAGGAGACUGUAGUUGAGACCACUGAGGAGAGGGUCAGGAGAGACGCUGAGAAGCAGUACCGAGAGACGCUGGGCAGGGCACUCCAAAGUCAAGCUGAUGAAGUGAGGUUUAUGAGAGGCCUGGGCAUGGCAUUCGGAAUGAGUUAG